AUGCUGCAGAAUGUAUCAGCGACGCCUUGCCCGGUCCCAGUCUCGGUGCAGCAGACGCAGCGCCACCGACAAUCACGAGACUCCCUCCUGACCACCGACGACGACGCUACCGCCAACGUCGAGUUCACUUCGGCCUUUGGCGGAUCCCUGCGGAACACUAGGCCACGGCGGCGAUACACUGCGUUUGGAAAGAACAAUAAUGCCCCGGGGUUCGCGAUUCAUGAGGAUGUUGAGCUGGGUCCCGGUGGUGGUGGUGGGAGGAAGACUGCUUUGGCGCAACCUGCUAGGAGGGCCGUCAUCUCCCACGCAGCUCAGGCUCCGAACGCCGGAGAUCACUCUACGUUGAAAGCUCAGGGUCACAAUCAUCCGAGUUUUAAACUGCCCUUCGCCUCAAAAGACGAGAGCCAAAUACGCUAUACACCGCGAGUGCCAAAUGUGUCUCGCAGGCUCAGCGAAGUACCGCGAAGGCCAAACACCAGGACGGAGAGACCGCUGGUGUCCCUGCCUGAAGAGACCAGCCUGAUGCUGACUUCCACAACCGUCCUUAAGCCGGCUCGGCGAGGCACGAUUUACAUCCCGAACGACGACACUACAAUGCCGAGUAUGUACAUGGGAAUCUUCAGUCCAAUCAAAGACCUGGACGCCAGAAUGGUGUCAGGGACGGCCGAGCCAGAAACUGAGAUCACGGGCAUUGCCGCGCAGAUGGCGAAGAAGAGAAACACCCGGAGAUCGAUGAUUGCGACGUCUCCGAAACGAGCUCCAUUACACGUUUCAAGAAAGAAUGUCCAAGGGAGUGCGACGGUGGAAGAUCGAUAUGGUCAGGGGGGUGGCAAGGAGAACAUCCCGCCUGGACACGGGGUAGCAGAAGACGAGAAAUCGGCUGGAAGUACCUUGACAAAGUCAGAGCCGUUUGAUCACAACCCGGUGCGCAAUCGGGUACAACACUCUGACAACGGAGCAAAGAAGCCGUCAAAGUUGUAUGAGGCAACAGCCAGCUCCAUGGGAAGAACAACCGACAAAACAUCUUUGCAGCGUUCUCGUGUAAAGCCUACCUGGAACUCAGGAGGUCCUCGAGUCAGACCAUCUCAUCUAGUUCCAGUCAAGAGAACACCUCCGAAGUCGGGCCCCAGUACGGAACACCAAGAGGAAAUCCGCUUGAGGAGACCACCAGUCCCUACUCGAUUCAUCGUCCCAGGAGUCAAAACUGACCUGAUUGCUGAUGACUAUCCAAUACUGACGGAAGACCUGGCCACCCCCUCCAUGUAUGAGGAUAGCUGGUUGAAGCAUCAGGAGAUUUCCAUGACCCAGCUUGUCAACAACCUUUUUGGAGCAUCUUCCUCGUGGUCGUCACCGGUCGAGGACUCGAUGCUGCGGGUUCGCCUCCUCGAGAAGUAUGGCGAUGCUGAACUUGCUAUGCUCUAUAAGAGACUGCAAGCGGCGUUGCUGUUCGGUGCCCUGAGUGUUCCCACUGACAUCCUGAAGGGAGCAGGACGUCUAAACAAUGACAUUGGGAGACGCAAGGCGUUUACAGAUCUGUGGUUAGAGACAUACAAUUUGUCUUGUCUUCAGUCGGCCCUAGAGGUUGUGGUCGGCCGCCAGUGCCGAGUCUUCCUAGCUAGACAAAGUAGCGGAAACAGUGCCACUCGAGAAGCUUUGCAGCGGUUCAUUGAGACGUUCUUGAUCCGAAACGAAGACGGGAUUCCGGAUCAGAUUGGCACAGAUCGAAACUCCUGGUCUUACCAACGAACACUCCUUCGGAGCCUCAUGCUUAUCAAGCUUCUGGAUAUCACCAAAACCACUGCAAGUCAAAUGACCAGGGGCUGCUUGUUUCAAUCUUCCUCUUGCUACAAGGAUUCUGUCGGCGUUGUCAGAGCCCUCCUCCAGCUACUCAAUCCAAGUGCGGGAGAACCCAUCCGGGCUCUGAGCCAUAUUGGAUACACCGUCACACAUUCACAAUACCCUCUCGAGGAAUAUGAUUACCAAAUCGGCAACUUGGCGGUGGACCUACGGGACGGAGUGCGGUUGACGAGGCUGGUGGAAUUGCUGUUAUAUCCAUCGGCAUCACAGUCUCUUGAGUACUCGGAGGAUCCCAAUGCAACCACAACGGUGCUACUGCCAACUGGAGAAUUGCUAUCUCUGACCGGAGAACAACCGGACUGGCCAUUGUCUCAACACCUCAAGUUUCCCUGUAUCGGUCGAGCAACAAAAUUGUACAACGUCCAGAUCGCCCUCAGCGCACUGCAAGGCGUCCGAGGAAUGACAGCGCUGGUACAAGAUGUGCAAGCUGCGGACAUCGUGGAUGGGUACCGAGAAAAGACCGUCAAACUGCUCUGGGGAUUGACAAGCAAAUGGGGUUUGGGCGGGCUUGUCGACUGGGAUGAUGUCGAGCGAGAGAUCAAGAGACUUUGUCGAACCGCAGGCACCAAGCAAAACGACUUCUUCGACGUGUUGCACGACGAGGAGGGGCCUGCGCGUUACCAGAUACUAUUGAAGUCCUGGGCCCAAGCCGUCGCAAGCAAGCACGGAUUGGUGGUUACGAAUCUGACGACGAGUUUUGCUGACACGAAAGUGUUCGAGGCCAUUGUGGAGGAGUACGAGAGAUACAUCAUCAGUGACGCCGAGGCAACGAGAGGCCGAGCGCUCAGCGAACGACUACGAGGGCUCGGGUGCAGCGAGCAAUUUACAGGUCUGUUUUCAGGUCCUCACGCGUCGCACAACCGUGGACAUUUUUUUGACCGGGAUUUCGUGCUGGCGGCACUGGCCUUUCUCUGUUCCAGACUCCUACAGCCGACCAAGGGGCCCAGAGCGGCAGUGACUAUUCAGAGGGCCUGGAGACAGCACUGGGAGAGAGUGGUCGACUCACGAAAGUGUCGGUCGAAGAUGCUGGCGGAGGGUUGUGCUGAGGUUGUCCGACAACGUCGACCAAUCCAACUCGUUCAGACCAACGAUGAUGGCAGAGACACGGAGGUACGCAAGAAACCAGAGGAUGAGCAGGUCAAACUGGCGCCUGACGCCACACAACAGCAAUCUCAAUGGGAGGCAGACGAGGAAGACAUCUGGUUGGACCUGUGA